AUGGUAUUCGCGCUCGCAACACGUGCCGACGUUCUGCGAGGUGCCAGAGCGUGCAAUUCAGCCUCCUGCCGUCAAAUUGCCACGCUAAUCAAGUCAAGCGUGGACGCCUCUCAAGACCCGUGCACCAACUUUUACCAGUUUGUCUGCGGCAACUGGAAGAUGAGCCAUGAGAGAUCCGUGUACGCUGAGCACGCUAUGAACUUUGCGGCGGACGUAGCGACUUCCUUGAGGGCCCCGAGCGACGACGGAGAUCGAAGUUUGGGAAACGCCGUGGCGCGUUUGUACCAGUCUUGCGAAGGUGUUAUGGCGACGGACGGUGACGAUCUUGAUAAUCUCAGGGACAUCCUGAAAGAUAACGACAUCAUGUGGCCAACGCUCUCGGAUUCUGCGGAUGUUCUAGCGACGCUGGUUACCAUUAAGAGGCUGUUCAACGUUGCGAGCUUACUCAGAAUUUCUACGCACGAAAGCUCGCGAAGACUCCUUGUUGUAUCACCGGGAAACGUCCUGAGACGUUUGCAAGCCACCAGGACCGGCCUGUCUUGGACAAGGUAUAAUCGCUUCUACAAGUCGGUUCAAGAAGCCAUCGCAAGUCCCAACAGUAAUCAGAGCAGUAUGCUUUCGUUCGAAAGGUUCGUGGUAGUAGAACACAAGGUAAUUCAGUGGCUGAGCAAGAAAAGUGACGGAAACGUGAUUGGAGAUUUAGGUGAACUGGAAAAGUGCACAAAUAUCAACCGAAAGCGGUGGAUCGCUUUAUUUCCCCCGGGAUGGAACGGUUCAGCAGAGAAAGGAGCACAUCUUAGGGCCGUCGAUACGGGUUAUCUCAUCGCGUUCGGAAACCUCAUUGCCGAUCUAGGCGAGAAAGUAGUUGAAUCUUAUGUGUCCUGGUCUGCUAUUUACGUGAUCGCGCCUAUGAUGAGCAAAAGACUCGCCGACCUAUGGUACAGAAAUGAAACGUUGUUGAAAGAAGCCACCCCGAUAAAGUGCCUCCGGUUUGUGGAAAUGACCUUCGGGCGGACGGUGUUCAAUAGAUACAAUGCCAAAAAAUUCGACGUUGUUGUUAAAGGCAAUAUCAAGGAAGUGACCAGCAACAUCGUGAACGCAUUUCUCCAGAAGGUGAACGACAGCGCGUGGUUAGCGAAACUAACGCCUACCAUCACCAGUGCACUAGACGUCCAAAAGAUGUUUGAGCAAAUUGAAAUGUUUUGGGCAAAUCGAAACCUACAGGGCGUUCUCGCUGACGGAGACAUGGGACCCUCCUUCGCACGCAACUGGGUCCGGGCGGUUUCGUACGGAAGAGCGGCCAUCGCGGACAUCGGCCACUCUCCCUCGUCGUAUUCCCUCAGCCGGAUGGUUAGCGUUUCCUCAUUUGGCUUCUUCGAUGUCAAGAGCAGGUCUGUGCGCAUAGCCCCAUACUCCGGGUUCCUCCCGGUCUACGACCUAGAGGUCAUCGACGCAGUCAAGUACGGAGCCCUGGGAGAGCUUCUGGCCGUAGCCGCCUUCAACGUACUUCUCAAUCACGUACCACCAAACACGCCCAUUUCCCAGCGGGUCGAGACUAGUCUGCAGUGUUUCGCCGGUCCGGAAGGAGUGUACAGCAGGCGCCACGAUUUCGGGAUUCUCUUGCGAGUUGUCUGGGAGGCCUUCGAAGCGUUGCCCCCAGAGCAGAGAGCACUUUGGCUCGACGACAUGCCCAAGUACACAGAAGAGCAAAUCUUCUUCAUAAUGGCUUGUUACUUGACCUGUUGGGGCGGGACCGGCGACGACGAUUUAUUAGAGACUAUCUGCAACCGUGGCGUCAGGCAAACUUCUCGAUUCUCCACCGCUUUCAGUUGCCCGUAUGGUGGAACCAUGAACCCUCAGAACCGGUGCACUUUCUUUUAG